ACAACCCACGUGCAUGUAGGGCCGAGUCUUGUUUGGUCGGUUAGAGUGGUAGGUGUUCUCUGAUAUUACAUGUCUGUGCGAACGCAGGGAUAGCAUCUCUAUCCUCAUCGUUUGUGUGCUCGUGUUUUGCACCUCGCUUUUCACUGCGAUCGCUUGCCGCUAGCGGCGGCUUGCCGCGUCCUACUGCCGUUCGUAGGUCAAGAACUACAAGAAACGUUCCGAAAAUGCCAAAGGCACCGAAAGCGCGGAAGAAGAUUCUUCUGGCCGCACCGGUUUCGACGCGAUGGCCUACGAUUGACGGCGAGUGUCGUGCUCGGCUGUUGGAACGCUUUCGGAGCAUGACUGCGCCCUCGGAUCCCUCGAAGCUGUCUUACCUCGUGCUGGGGUUUAACGGUGCUGCUCGAGCUUUGGAACAGGAUCAGCUGUCGGCGCUGCUACUUAACUCCUCUGCGGAUCCCCCGAGGCUAUUGCACGGGCUUAUCAAGUUGGCGCGAAACAAAAACACCCCCGUAAUCUGUGCCAGUGAGUUGCACGAGUGGGUGCCCAGUGUGCGUUCUUUGCUGGCGUUGGGCCUGCGGCGUGCGGCGCCCGCUACCAAGUCGGUCGACGAUUUCCUGAAAGCGGUGCGGCUAAAUGCCGGUGCUUACACCGAUAGGGCAUCUGGAAAUGACAACACUGUGGCAUCGAAGAAUGAAAAUGAAAGCGCUGAUAAUCCAUCCGUUGAGGUAAUAACCGCAGACCCCAUAUCUAGGGUUACCGAGGAGUCUGUUACUGUGGAUGGAAAAACGAGCGAAGCCAAGGCAGCUCGUGCGCCGUUCUCCGAAGGAGCUGCCUUUACGAAAACCAAGGACGCAUCUGAAGCGCAGUUGGGAAUGCUCAAUUCGGUAAAGUGCCCCACCGAAGGUAGAGCAGCCUCGUUGGUUGGUGUAGACAUUGAGCUUCCUGAAGAAGACGGCUUAGGAUUUCCGGACUACGAUUGUGACAGCGUUGUUGAGGUAGUAGAAUCGUCGUCGUGUGCUCCGCACAAGACGAAAGCAGUUGCUGUGCCCCGUACCGUCCAAGCAUCAUGUUUGGUGAAGGCCAAUAUCAAGCAAGUUCUGCCGAAGGGGAAGACAAAGACGAAAAAGAAGCGUGGAAUAAUUAAGGCGAUCAAAUAAACUUAAAGCUCUGCCGGCGUCAACAGCC